AAAGAGCGUGCGGAGUGUGUGUGUGUGUGUCUGUGCGCGGCGAACAUACCAAGAAAUUACAGCACACAUAGAGGAGGAAAAAAAAAAGAUUUUUUUCGUACAUAUCUCUCCCGUUUCGGGGAAGGUGGUGAAGAAGAUCUGUGCGCCCUCUCUUAGUUUGGUCGUGAACGCCAACCGAGCCAGUUCGGUUUGCUGGUCAAGCAUAUCCGAGUUUCAGUUUCAGUUCAGUGGUCAAAGUGUGUGCAAGUGCGUGCAGUUUAGUCCGCGGGAAAAAAAACGAACAGAAUUGGAUUAAAACAGUGCUUGUUUUUACUCAGAAUUAUAUUUUGUCUCCGUCUAAAAUCGGUACGAUUCGGAAUUUGCAACCCGAGAAGAGUUUAAACUGGUGAUCAUCGGAGAGUUUUACAACAGUGAAAACGAACAACGCGAGGUACAACACGUUUUUCUAGCAGAUUUCAACCAGUGUGAAAUACGGGCAAGCAAGAACAGAACGGUUUUUUGGGAGUUUUUCACUGAAAAAAGUUCGUGAUCCGGAAUCGGUGGUUUCGAACCAUCGGACCAUUGCCCGAGAAUCGCCAAUAUUAGGGUGUAAGGAAGCAGCCGCCAUGAUCAACAGGAGUUCGAGCCUUCCAGGGCUCGAAUUGAUAGCCAUGUUUUUUAUAAUAGUCACGCUAGCCGUGACAUCACACGUUAGUGCUGCACCAAUGUACGAGAGCGAUCAGACUGACCUGGAGAGCUAUGGCGAAUCGACGGGCUGCUACUACAACUACAACCACUACAGCGAAGGUGAUCGCAUCAUGACGAACGAACCUUGCCUGAACUGUACCUGCCACGACCGUAUGCUGAUGUGCUAUCUGCGCGUGUGUCCCUUCACCAAGGCGAUCGGCCAGGACUGUACGAUCGAGAAGCGCGAGGACCAGUGCUGCCCGGUGAUCACGUGUCCCGAGGUCGAAGUACAACUGCUGAACCACCACACCACGGCCGGACCCGAUGCUGCUGGCAGCUCCUCGACGGCGAUUGGUGGCCUCGACCAGUAUGGAUGCUCGAUCAACAACAAAUUCUACCCGGAGGGAGCCCAAGUGCCAUCGAACCCCCACAAGCCAUGCGAGCUGUGCUACUGUAUUCGUAACAUGACCACCUGUGUCAUGCAGGAGUGUACGCUACACAUCGACGGGUGCCAACCGAUUUACAACAAGGGCGUGUGUUGUCCAGUGCGAUACGAUUGCGAUCACGAAAGAGAUUCAACGCUGCAGCUGGAGGACGAGAUGACGACCACGGUACGUCCGACGCCCGGAUUCAUCCUGACGACCACAAUGUCCCCAGCCAUCUCCACGGAUUGUAUCCACAACGGGGAGGCGUAUGCGGAUGGUGCGAUGAUCACGACCGAUAAACCAUGCGAGCACUGCUACUGUAUGCGCGGGGAUAUUGUUUGCGCCGUCCAGGAGUGUGGUACCCCGCUGGAGAACGAAGGCAAAAAUUGCACGGCAGUUCCGCCAGCGCAAGGACAGUGCUGUCCGGAUACGUACAUGUGUGACGGAGGAAUGGAUGCCGCCACUCUUCGGCCAGAAUCGGAUGACCAGGUAGUCGAUGAGGUUGCCACCACUGCUAAGACACCUGCUAGCCCAAGCGACGAAGCCACACCCGGAGCUCAAUCCGCGGAGGAAGAUGACGUUCAGCAGCAACACGUUCCACAGGAGGACGCCAUGGUUGACGAUAAAUCCGAUAGCGAUGAGGAAAGUGCCGAGCAGCAUCCAAUCCAACACGAAGAUGACCACAGCGAGGAAGAGGAAGAACUUGAAACUCCACAUGCUGCUGCUGGCGACGAAAAACCAGCUGCCACAACCGGUCAUCCAAUCACAGCUGAUGAAGACUCUGUAGCUGCUACCCAAGCGCCAGUUCAAGACGACACAGAAAAGGAAGAAGAACAAAAACCGCUCAUCCCAUCUACCGAGGAGGACGAGAAGCAUCAUGAACCUGAGGUCAGUGCCGAGGAACCCAAGCCAACAACCGCCGCUGCACCAGAGGCUGACGCUGCCUUGCCGGAACAUGAGAAGGAAAGUGACGUUGAGAAGCCAACCGUCAGCCAAGACACUCCCGAAGAAGCCCCAGCAACCACAGAACGCGCGUCCGAACCAGAGAAAGAUCUGAUCGCCCCAACAGUGUCAGCUGAAGAUGAUGAACUCGCUCCACAUACCACCACACUGGCAUCGAAGGCAGACGCUGAGGUUCCGGAAGCCACGACUCCCUUCGCUUUCACAGCCAGCGAUGACGAUGUCGGUCAAACUACCGAAAGUCGAACGUAUCUUCCGCCUGCCCAUGAUGCUGACACUACUACCGCUCGCGUUGAAGCCGAUGAAGUCGCCACCACCGUAGCGGCUGCAGCCGAUGAACUACCGAUCGAAGCAGACAAGCCUGAGGAAGCAGAACAGCCUGCGGCGCCAGCUACCACGGUCAGGAGCAUCGAAACUACCACCCUCACUAAGGAACCAACCAAGAAGGCCGAGGAUAGCUCCCAGGAACAGGACUUUGUCGAGCUGCCGCCAGCGGUCAUUGUCACGGAACUGCCACCAGUGCCAGAGAGCGACGAAUCUUCAUCCACUUCCAGAAUCCCGGAGAUACCCGACGAAGUCAUUACCCAUCACCCACCGGAGGCUGACUCCCACGUUUUGGAUGAUUCAGCAACCUCCACUACUGCAGCUGAUGCUGAUGCUGUUGUUGGCGCUGCUGCCGAUAAGCCAGAAACCCCCACCGUGGACCUCGACGAACCCGUUGAAAUGAACACGGUCAUCCCGUCGCUGGAAGAGGAACAGAAACACGAGGAACCAAUCGCCAAGCCAGACCAACAGGAAGAGGAAAGCCCCGACCAAAUGUUCCCCGAGGCCAUCCCCGGCGAGGGAGACUGUCUGGUCGAUGGAAUGACGUACAAGAACAACGCUAUCAUCCCAGCCAACAACAAGUGCCAGGAGUCCUGCAAGUGCGCCAACAGUGUUGUCCAGUGUGAGAUGGUUCGAUGUGCUUCCGCCCCGGCGAUCGACUGUGCGCCAGUGCCAGCCGUUCCGGGUGAGUGCUGCCCAACCUACAAGUGUAAUGCCGUGUCUGAGCCGGAAAGUGACGAGAAACCAAGCCCACAUCACGAAGAACCCGAACAACCUGCUGAAGCUGAAACCAGCGGCCCAUCUGCUGCUGACGAAACAGGGGAGGAAUCCGGAGAGCACGAUGACUCUGCCCACGGACCAGUCGAAAGCGAUGAUUUAGCUGCUUCCAGCGACGAAGAUGAGGAAUCCAACCUGAUUGAAGAUCAUGCCGCCAUCACGACGAAACGUCCUGCCGACGAAACAACCGCAGCCGAAGAACAACCGGAGAAGGACAAACCAGUUGAGAGUGAAUCGGGUGAAGAUCAUAAACCUGAAGUCGUCGACGAUCAGGCAACAGCAGCGCCAGUUGAGAAGACAGAAGAUGAAUCAACGGAUGCGUCUGUUCACCAGGAACCUACCAUUCCACAGGCCGCCGAUGAGGAAACCAAACCGGAAGAAGAGGUUCACGAAAUUGCUACGCCGUCUGCCGAUGCCACCGUUGACGAGAAACCCGAGGAACCUGCGCAGGAAUCUAGCACCGUAAAGGAUGCUGAGCCAUCUGAAGAGAAGCCUGCUGAAGACGCCGUUGUCGAUGAAGCUGAUGAAACCACACAAAAAUCCGAAGAACCAGCAGCUGAAGCAACAACUGUGGGUGUUGCAGCCGAUGAAGAAGAGGAAAAGAUUCUAGCAACAACCGCGAAGGCCGAUGAACCGAGUGCAGUGUCCGACGCGCAUGUUCCUGCUGAAAGUCACGAUGAAGAGGCUCCAGAGGAAGCUACCACUGCUAAACCUGCUGUUGUUGGUGACGAAAUCAAACCAGCUGCUGGAGAAGAAGAAAAGGUAGAAGACUCUGCAGCUACCACCAUCGAGCCGAUGGUCGCAGUUGACGAUGAAGUUGCACCGAGCCAGGACGUAAGCGAACCUGAAGUUCAGGCUCCUGUUGAGCACGACGAUGACAAGACACCAGAGGCUGAAGCUCCGCUACCGACCGUUGCUCCCGCAAGUGACGAACAACAGAAACCAGCUCAAGCAGAAGCAGGAGAAGAGGAGGAAGAGGAACAGAAACCAAUAGCACCUGUAGAGCACGAUGACAGAAUUCACUUCCCAGAGGACGACGAAGAGGAUACCCCCAUCUACAAGCCGGCUGUUCACGAUCACCUACCAGAACACGAAGACGAAGAAGAUGUACCAGAGACUAAGCCGGAAGAACAAAAGCCAGUUGAAACCGAACCUGAACAUGAAGGCACCACCGUCAAGGCUAGCGUGGAAGCUGUGGAACCCGAACAGGCAGAAAUCGAAAAACCCGAGGAGCCCACAAAGGAUGAAGGACAGAAGGAAGUUGCGGAACCCGAAGAAGACAGUAAACCAACAACCAGCAGCCCCGUGAGUCAGGAUGCUGAGCCAGCGAUGCCAGAGGAGGAGCUCCAUCCGCAAACGCCACUGGAAUCUGACGACCAGAUUAAGGAACACGAGGAAACUCCUGCCACGACGGUUAAGGCUGAGGAAGCUCCGGCUUCCCCCGUCUCGGAUGUUGAAGAUGCGGGCGAACAUGAGAAACCAGCCGUUGAUGACGAUAACGUCAGCUUGGAGGAGGAACAGGAACAUGUCCCAGUGAGUCACGAUGCCGGUGCGGACGAGGAGCAAGAGGAAGAAGGUGGUAGCGAUGAGAUUGAAGCCGAAGUUCCUGAAGUACAAGCGCCUUCGUCAGAAGAACACGAUGAAGACGAGAAGCUCGCCGAGGAGACGCCAGCUCACGCUGAGGAAGAGAAGCCUGUCAUGGUUGGUGCUGAGGAACCAGCUGCCAGCGAAGAUGAGGUUCAGAAGCCAGUUGGAAGCGAUGAGAAACCUUCCGUUGAAGCGGAGGAGGACAAGAAACCUGAAGCCGCAGGCGACGAAAUCGUAACACCAAGUGCUCCUGCUGACGAUCAAAAACCUGUUGUAUCUUCUGACGACAAGGACAAACCAGUAUCCCCUGUUGAAGAUGAGACAAAACCGGAAGAUGAUGUUCCUGAGGCUGAAGUUCCACUCUCUACCGCCGUUCCUUCGAUGGACGUUGAUGAUUCUAAGCCUGAAAGCGAAGCCGAUGAUACUCAGAAACCAACCAGUGAAGAGGAGGAACCUAAACCGAGCAGCGAUUCCGAAGAACCAGAAAAGGUGACAGAAGCGGCGUCUGUCGAAGAGACAGAGGCAGAGGAAGAAGAAAAGGUUGGAGUUACCGCUGCACCCACUAAGGAUUCCGAAGAACCAAGCGAACAAUCGCCAGCUGCUGCUGAUGAUGAACAGGAACCGGCCCAUGACGAAGAGGAAGAUAAACCAGCUACCGCUGUUCCAACCAAGGAGGAAGAUGAAGCUGUUCCAGAACUUGAUGCUACCAGUGCCCCAGCCAAGGAUGAAGAGGAGGAAGCAGUCGCACCGGUUACCGUCACCGAUGACAGUGGAGCCAAACCCAUCUCUACCGAUGCACCAGUGAAAGAGUCCGAUGAGGUACCAGAAACGGAAGAACAGAAGCCUGUGCCGGUGGCCGAUGACGAUGAACACCCAGUGUCCGUUGAAGAAGCCGAACCAAGUGCUACCGAUGCCCCGGUAGCAGAAGCCGAUGAGACAACUGCAGCGGAUGUGGAAGACAAGAAACCGGAGGCCGACGAGUCUGAAGCUACACCAACUGAGGCUCCAGUCAAAGAAGCCGAUGAGCCAGAAUCUACUCCAGCCAUUUCUUCGGAUGAACAGAAGCCAACUGAAUUCGAGGAAGCAGAGAAACAUGAAGCAGAUGAAACGGAAGCCAAGCCAACAGAAGCCCCAACGAAGGCCGAAGAUGAACAAUUUGAAGAACAAAAGCCUUCUGUCGAUUCAGAGGAAAUCGCCCAUGAAGAUGAAGAAGUGAAACCAGUCGCUCCUGAAGAACCAAUCCAUUCCGAUGAGGAAGUGAAACAUGAGGAUGAAGUGGAACAAAAACCAGAUGUUCCAGCGGCGGAUACGGAAGAAGAGCAGAAGCCAGAACAAGUCGGUGAUGUCGAACACGCCCCAGAAUCAGAUGAAACUGAGAAGGAAACUGCUUCUAAAGUGGAACCAACCGUCGCUCCUGCCAAGGUUGACGAUGAACCUACCGAAACCCAGAAGCCUCUCGUUGAAUCAGUGGAAAGUGACGAUGAAGAAGCAACAGUCGCUCCAUAUGAACCAGUGAGCGCUGCCGAUGAAACGGAGAAACCAACCGAAGCUGAUGAAGAGGCUAAACCCGCACCGACCGAUGCUCCAACUGCGGCGGUUUCGGAAGACGAUCAGAAGCCACAACCGACCGAACCAGCAUCUGACGCGGACAAAGACCAGUCGGUGGAAACCGAAAGUGCUGAAGAUGAGGAGGAGAAACCAGCUCACGAACCGAUCGAAGACGAAGACGAGGGAGAAGCCGAAGAACCAGCGACAGAUGAUGUUUCUGCCGAGGCACCUACAGCUGAAGAGGUUGAAGCCGAGCAACAUGUCACCGAAGGUGCCAUCAAGGACGACGAAGAACAAAAACCACUGCCGGUUGGAUCCGCCGAGGAAGAGGAGAAGCCCAUGCCCGAGGCUGAUGACCAAAUCAAACCCGUUGAGUCGGACGAAGAGGAGCAGAAGCAGCCUACUGAAACUCCAGUGAAAGUGAUGGAUGAUGAACACAAACCUGCUGCGGAGGAGCAAGGCAAGCCAGCGCCUAGUGCUGAUGAAGAAGUACAGAAACCGUCAGAAGAGGACGAAGAAGAGAGGCCAGCUGAGGAGGAGAAGCCACUGGGAACCCCAACUGCCGAUGAAGAGGAAUCGAAGCCAAGCGUUGACGAAGAUGACAAACCGAGACCGGUAGAGGAAGAGGAACAAAAACCAGUUUCAUCCGCUGACGAAGAACCUAAACCAGUUGAGGAUGAUAAAACGAAACCAGCUUUGGGAGCUGAUGAUGAACAAAAACCAACUGAGGAAGAGGAGGUGAAGCCAACCGCAUCUGCUGAUGAAGAGCAAAGGCCAGCUGAGGAAGAGGAGCCAACUCUAACUGCCGAUGAAGAACAGAAGCCUACGGAAGAUGAGGAAGAGAAACCAGCGCCAUCUGCUGACGAGGAACAAAAGCCAGCUGAAGAAGAGGAGGUGAAGCCAACUCCUACCUCUGAUGAAGAAAAGAAACCAGCUGAAGAAGAUGAAGGCAAACCAGUCCCAUCCACUGACGAGGAGCAGAAACCAGCUGGAGAUGAGGAAGUGAAGCCCACUCCAACUUCUGAUGAAGAACAGAAGCCCGCUGAAGAAGAUGAAGUUAAGCCAACGCCCUCUGCUGACGAAGAACAAAAGCCUGCUGAGGACGAGGAAGUGAAACCAUCUCCAACUGCCGAUGAAGGACAACAACCGGCUGAAGAUGAUGGACACAAGCCAACUCCAUCAUCGGACGAAGAACAGAAACCCAUUGAAGGUGAUGGAGAUAAGCCAGCCCCAACUGCUGAUGAAGAACAGAAACCAGCUGAAGAAGACGAACUUAAGCCAACACCAUCUGCUGACGAAGAACAGAAGCCGGCCGAGGAAGAAGAAUUGAAACCAACUCCAGUUGCUGAUGAAGAAACGAAGCCAGCUGAGGAGGAAGAGAACAUCAUUCCUACUGCCGAUGAAGAACAGAAACCAACUGAGGAGGAAGAGAAGCCAACUCCAACUGCCGAUGAAGAACAAAAGCCCGCGGAAGAGGAGGGGGAGAAACCAACGCCAUCUGCUGACGAGGAACAAAAACCAGUUGUAGAAGAUGAACUUAAGCCAACUCCAUCGGCUGACGACGAACAAAAGUUCGCCGAGGAAGAGGAAUUGAAACCCACUCCAUCUGCUGACGAAGAACCCCAAAAACCCGCUAUGGAGGAAGAGAAGCCGAUCACAACUGCUGACGAAGAACCGGAACCAGCUGAAGAAGACGAACUCAAGCCAACUCCAGCGGCCGACGAAGAACAAAAGCUUGCUGAGGAUGAGGAAGUGAAACCAUCUCAAACUGCCGAUGAAGAACACAAACCUACUGAAGAAGAUGAGUCCAAACCAACACCAGCAGCUGACGAAGAACAAAGGCCGGCCGAGGAAGAAGAAUUGAAGCCCACUCCAGCAGCUGACGAAGAAACGAAACCAACUGAGGAGGAAGAGAACAUUAUUCCAACUGCCGACGAAGAACAGAAACCAGCCGAGGAGGAUCAGAAACCGACUCCAACUGCCGACGAAGAACAUAAAUCGGCUGAGGAAGAAGAGUUGGAGCCGACUCCAACAGCUGACGAAGAAAAGAAACCGGCUGAGGAAGAUGAGGCGAAGCCAACUCCAUCUGCUGACGAAGAACAGAAGCCAGCUGAGGAAGAGGAAGUUAAGCCAACUCCAACAGCCGAUGAAGAACAAAAACCUGCUGAAGAAGAAAUUGAAGUCAAGCCUACCCCAUCUGCUGACGAGGAACAGAAGCCAGCUGAAGACGAGACGCCAACAUCUGACGAUGCACAGAAGCCGACUGAAGUAGAAGAACCGCAGCCAACUUCAACUGCUGAUGAAGAACUGAAACCCGUUGAAGAGGAUGAAGUUAAGCCAACCCCGUCGGCUGAUGAAGAACAGAAGCCAGCUGAAGACGAAGAGUUGAAGCCAACUCCAGCAUCGGACGAUGAACAGAAGCCCGCUGAGGAAGGGGAGCAGACACCGACUCCAACUGCUGAUGAAGAACAUAAACCCGUUGAAGACGAGGACGCAGAGCCAACUCCAACUUCGGAUGAAGAACACAAACCAGCUGAAGUAGAUGAAGCCAAGCCAACCCCAUCGGCUGAUGAGGCGCCGGAACAGACUGAGGAAGAGGAAGAGAAACCAACUCCAACAUCUGAUGAAGAACAUAAACCAGCUGAAGAAGAUGAAGGCAAGCCAGUUCCAUCUGCUGAUGAAGAACUCAAACCCACUGAAGAAGAGGAGGCUAAGCCAACACCGUCUGCUGAAGAAGAGCAGAAACCAGUUGCGGAAGAGGAAGUUAAACCAACUGAAACUGCCGAUGAAGAACAAAAACCUGCGGAAGAGGAGGAAGAGAAACCAGCCCCGUCUGCUGACGAGGAACAAAAACCCGCUGAAGACGAGAGCUCGGAGCCAAUUCCAGCAUCUGAUGAUGAACAGCAGCAGUCCGAGGAAGAGGAAGAGAAACCAACUCCAAUUGCUGACGAAGAACCAAAACCUGCCGAAGAAGAUGAAAUGAAACCUACUCCCUCCGCUGACCAGGAAGAGAAGCCAGCUGAGGAAGAUGAGGAGGAUAUGAAGCCGACUCCUACCACCGACGAAGAACAGAAACCCAUUGAGGAAGAUGAGGUUAAGCCAACCCCAGCUGCUGACGAGGAACAAAAGCCCACUCAAGAAGAUGAAGUGAAACCCAUUGAAACUGCGGAUGAAGAACAGAAACCAGCUGAUGAGGAAGAAGUGAAACCGACUCCAGCUGCUGAGGAAGCUCACAAACCCACUGAAGAAGAUGCCAUGAAACCAGUCGAGGAAGAGGAAGUGACUCCAACACCAACUGUUGACGAAGAACAGAAGCCAAUUGAAGAAGAAGGCCUGAAACCAACCGCGGACGAAGAACAGAAACCUGCCGAGGAGGAGGAAGUUAAGCCCACUCCUGCCGCCGACGAAGAGCAAAAACCAGCUGAAGAGGAAGGCCUUAAACCAACCGCUGACGAAGAACAAAAGCCAGCCGCCGAGGCAGAUGAAUCCAAACCCACGCCAGCUGCUGAUGAAGAAUCUAAGCCAGCCGAGGAAGAGGAGGUCGGUCUCGCUCCAACUGCUGAUGAAGAACAGAAACCAGCAGAGGAAGUGAAGCCAACUCCGGCUGCCGACGAUGAACAUAAACCGGCUGAAGAAGACGAACAAAAACCAACUCCAUCGGCUGAUGACGAACACAAACCUGAAGCUGAAGCUGAAGACGAAACAAAACCAGCUCCGGAGGCAGAUGACCAACUGAAACCAGCCGACGACGAACAGAAGCCAACCGUUGAAGACGUUGCAUCCGAUGAAGUAACCGAGACAAAACCGUCCACGGCUGGUCCCGUUACGGCAGAUGCUGACAAAGAAGACGAAGCUACCAGCAAACCAGCAGUCGCUGCCGAUACCAGUUCCCAGGAAGAGGAAGAGGUUCAACAAACUCCAGUCCACCCAAGCGGCGACGAUGAGGAAGAAUCUGAGGAACACGAAGUGGUCCCACCUGCGCCACAGGAACCAGCUCAGGCGAGUGAGGAGGAGAAACCAGAAUCAAGUGAAGUCGCUACUCCCACUUCAGCUCCAGCUGCUGCUGCUGCCGAUGAGGAUGAAAUGGUAGCCACCCAAGCUCCGGCUGCUGCUGCUGGCGAUGAGAAGCCAGCAAUCGAACCAGUUGUGGUAAGCCAAGAUGAAACUCCAAUCGCUGAUGAGGUUGAAGCUCACACCCCAGCCCAAGCCGAAGUGACUGCGGCGCCAACGGAAGCUGCACCAGUGAAACAUGAUGAACCAGAAGCUACCACAGCCGCUGCUGCUGCUGCUGAAGAACCCGCGAAGGAAACAACCGCUGCUGCGCCAAUGGUCCCAGUACAGGAAGCUGAUGAGCCUCAGAAACCAGUGGAGAAACCAGUUGAAGGCGAUAAGGAAGACGUUCAAAGCACUAAACCAGUGUUCGGCGACUCGGAUGACGAGGAAGACCUCCAGCAACAGUCCAAACCAGUGUUCGACGACAAAGAAGAGCACGAUGUACAGAAACCAACCUACGACGAUGGUUACUACUCCAGCAGUACCAAAAAACCUGACCAUUCCGAGACCCCUGGACCAUCGUACGGACCACCUGGUCACCACUACGACACCGGAUAUGGUCAUAUGCCCCCGCAUUAUCCACCCUCUUCGUACGAGGAUGACUACGCGGACGAGGAAGACACAGCUGGAUCCUUCGGACCGGGCACCUGCCGGUACGGUGGUAAACUGUACGUCUCGGCGCAACAAAUUCCCCGCGACGAUCCGUGCGAUUUCUGCUUCUGCUUCCGCAGCGAUAUCAUCUGUUUGCAGCAGUCCUGUCCACCGCCGAUCAGUGGCUGCAACGAGGAACCAAUCUCUGGCUUCUGCUGUCCACGCUACGAGUGUCCGGUGUCCAUGGCCACGGUACUGAACGUCACUACCAGCACGACAACCACCACGACCACGCUGCCGCCCCACUUCCUGUCGCAUGCGUACAAGGGAGCGGUGACGAAGCGGGGCUGCCAGAUCCAGGGCAAGGCGUACAACGUCGGCGAGAUGGUGGCGUCCGCCAGUGGACCAUGCAUGCGAUGCACAUGUGGCGGCGAUGGUCAGAUGAAGUGUGAACCUAAGGCGUGCAGUCCCGAGCCAAUGCUGCAGCAGAUGAUCGCCGUGGCGGCGUCCCGGAGGAGAUGAAGCGACUAAGCCGACGAGCGAGCGGCACCAAUGGGAUGUAAGCAAGAGAGAUUGAGAGCGAGAGCAGUGCGAAUACAGAGAUUAAAAAAGGUAAUCUGAUGCUGGAUGUUUUUUUAGUUUGUUUGUCAGGAAGAAAGUGAAGUUGUAUGAUAGGCGAACCGAGAGAGGUGCGGAGAUGCGGCUCCCAUAGCGGCACCUCCCGGGACGGGUUACAAAGACUAGUAUCGGGUAAAGAGAAAUCGUAAAGGAAGACAUCGCACGCGACAAAGCAUUUCAUUAUUUUACUCAAAAGACUUGACACAUUACCCACUCAGACACACACAUAGAAACUAAUGCAACCCGAUCAAUGUAAUUGAGACAACGAUUUCUAGUAGGGCUCGCGUCAUUGACGGCGGCCAUUUUAAUAUUUUUUCUUUCGUAAAUAUGGCCUCCUUCGAUGAUACGAGUCGGCACUUACGUUUUUGUGUGUAUAGAAAAAAUGAUAUUCGAAGUAACUAAAAUCGACCAUUGUACGAAAAACAUCAAAAUAUUGGCGGAAAAAAAACCAGAAAGUGGUCGUCGUGUCUCAUACAAUUACUUCUAGUCUCUCUGUUUUACAUUUUUAAUAGAAGGAACGAUUGAAAAAAAAGGAAGGAAUACACUGACUCAAAUCGCCGAAAUCUUGUCUUUAUGUAGUUGUUUGUUUUAAAAUCGCGACGGAAAUAAUCCCGAACACACGCACACGCACACA